AUGUCUAUUUAUGAUGUAUUUGUUCCCGUUUCUCUGCAUUCACAUGCUUCAUCUGUGCCACUGUUCAAUGGGCUCAAUUUCUCUGACCGGUGUGAACAAGUCCAGUUCAACUUAGGUGUUUUAGACUUGGACUUCGACUUGACACUUCAAGUUGAGAAACCUAUUGAUCUUACUAAUGAGAGUAGUGCUCAUGAAAGAUCUUUCCAUAAGGCUAGGGAAAGGUCAAACAGAUUAAGUUUAAUAUUAAUGCGGAUGACCUUAGCAAAGAAUAUCAAGUCUAUUAUCCCUAAAACUGAUAAUGCUAAGGAAUAUAUGAAGUUUGUGGAAUAA